GGGGAUAGGAUGAUUCUAAAAAUUCAGUCAAUCACGCAACCCGUCACUCUCAAAACAUUAAGGCGACUCUUUAAAAGAAGCCCAAUUAUUAUAAGCGGACUUUUGAGAAAGGUAGGCGGAGCAUGACUGGGAAUCAGGUUUCGUCAGGGGUGACGAGCGGAUACGCGGCAAGUGAAGAAACAACUUUCCAAGCUCCAAUUACACCGUUAAUCGGGGGGGAAAUAAGAAUGGCGGGUGAGAAAGUAUAGGCUGCUGGAGAAAUCCGUAUCUCUCUUCGUUGUAAAUACACCUCAACAGCAUGAUUACUUACUGUAUGUGUUGUUUUGUAAGCGGAAAAGGGAACAACUUCACUUUUUCUGAAGUUUUGUUGUGAAGCAUGGAGCCAGAGUUCGGAGAGAGCGGAGGGAUGAAAAGUUCCAAACUUAAACAGAGGAAAAAGCAAAACAAAAGAGAGAGUAAAAGCAGGACGGUGCACUCGAAUCUGCUGUACAGCGGUGCCAAGGGAGACGAGAACCCCAACAGACACUAUGCACUCAAUCACAUUAAAACCACCAAAUACACCGUGCUGUCUUUUCUACCCAAGAACCUGUUCGAGCAGUUCCACAGAUUCGCCAACGUCUAUUUCGUUUUUAUCGCUUUGCUCAACUUUGUGCCCAUUGUCAAUGCAUUUCAGCCGGAGCUGGCGCUAGCUCCCGUGGUUUUUAUUCUGUCUGUUACCGCUCUCAAGGAUCUUUGGGAGGAUUACAGAAGACACCGAUCGGAUAAAGAAAUUAAUCACAUGGAUUGUCUCGUUUACUGCAGGAAUGAAAGGAAAUACGUGGAGAAGUACUGGAAGGAAAUCCAGGUUGGGGAUUUCAUUCGUCUUCGAUGCAAUGAGAUCAUUCCUGCAGACGUGCUUCUCCUGUCCUCCAGCGACCCUGACGGCUUAUGUCACAUCGAAACAGCAACACUGGACGGGGAGACCAGUCUCAAACAGAGGCAGGUGGUGAGGAGCUUCUCAGAGCUGGACUGUGAGUUUGACCCCACACAGUAUAAGACAGUAAUCGAAUGUGAGAAGCCCAACAAUGAUCUGAACAGGUUCCGGGGUUACAUGAUACACCGAAGUGGAAGGAGAGACGGGCUUCGCAAGGAGAACCUGUUACUGCGAGGAUGCACGAUAAGAAACACGGAGGAAGCCGUAGGGAUCGUCAUUUAUGCAGGUCAUGAAACCAAAGCCAUGUUGAAUAACAAUGGACCUCGUUACAAACGCAGCAAGCUGGAAAGACAGAUGAAUGUACAUGUGUUUUGGUGUGUCAUCAUACUUUUGGUCAUGUGCCUCUUUGCUGCCGUUGGGCACGGACUGUGGGUGUGGCAGUAUGGAGAGCACCGCCCUGUUUUUGAUGUUCCGAGUCCAGAAGGACCUGCCUUAUCCCCAGUGUUAUCUGCCGUAUACCUCUUCUUAACUAUGAUCAUCAUCUUUCAGGUAUUGAUUCCUAUCUCUCUCUACGUCUCCAUUGAAAUUGUAAAAAUCUGCCAAGUGUACUUUAUUCAUCAAGACUUGGAUCUGUAUGACGAGGAGACAGACUCCCACCUGCAGUGCCGGGCGCUGAACAUCACUGAGGAUCUGGGACAGAUGCAGUACAUCUUCUCUGACAAGACCGGCACCCUCACAGAGAACAAGAUGGUCUUCCGAAGGUGCACCGUGAUGGGAGAGGAGUACUCCCACGAUGCAAAUGCGAGAAGGAUAGCCACAUACCAAGAGGCUGACUCUGAAGAGGAGGAGUGUACCUCCAAAGUGGGGACCCUGCCCAGACGGGACAGUGUGACGAGCCAUCACAGCGUCAAAGGCAUGCAUCGCUCACAGAGCACCAAGUCCCACCGGAGGACAGGCAGCAGAGCUGAGGCAAAGAGGGCCAGCAUCCUCUCCAAGCACACAGCGUUCAGCAGCCCAAUGGAGAAAGACAUCACCCCUGACCCAAAAUUGUUUGACAAGGUUAAUGAAUGUUCCAGCCAGUUAUACUUGAUGAGAAGCCAGGGGCAGCCUAUGAACCACCUCGCCUCUGAACUGUCUGACGUUAUCGAUUUCUUCAUCGCCUUAACAAUUUGCAAUACAGUCGUGGUCUCUUCACCGAAUCAGCCAAGACACAAGGUCCGUGUCAGGUUGGAGCUGAAGUCCCCGGUGAAGACCAUCGAAGACUUUAUCCGCCGCUUCACUCCCAGCCGCUUGACUGGGUCGAACAGCAGCAGCUCCUCCAGUCUGGUAACCAACAGAUCAACGCACAAGAUGUGCUCCAGCCUCCUCUCUUCUCCCUCCGCAGAGAGCACUCUGAUGGGACUGGAGGAGGACCUGGGUCCGGCGCCCCAGAGUCAGGCCGGUCCGGCCAGCCCACCGGGGGGAGACGGGGAGCUGCGCUACGAGGCAGAGUCCCCGGACGAAGCAGCUCUCGUCUAUGCAGCCAGAGCCUACAACUGCGCACUGGUGGGGAGGCUGCCUGAGCAGGUGACUGUGGAGCUGCCACACCUGGGCGAGCUGACCUUUGAACUCCUGCACACCCUGGGCUUCGACGCGACCAGGAAGAGGAUGUCGGUGGUGGUGAGGCACCCGCUGACCGGCGAGAUCGUCGUUUACACCAAAGGAGCCGAUUCCGCUCUCAUGGAUCUCACCAGGCCCAGCUCCACAGAUGAGAACAGCGGCAAACACCAAAGAAAGAUUCUGAAUAAAACCCAGAAUUACCUAAACCUCUAUGCUGCUGACGGCCUUCGGACUCUCUGUAUUGCCAAAAGGGUAUUAAGUAAAGAAGAAUAUGCUUGUUGGUUAAAAAGUCAUCUGGAAGCAGAAUCUGCUGUUCACAAUCGAGAGCAGUUGCUGUUUGAGUCGGCUCUGCGAUUGGAGAAGAAUCUGCAUCUUUUAGGUGCCACUGGUAUUGAAGACCGCCUGCAGGACGGUGUUCCUGAAGCCAUUGCUGCUCUCCGCAAGGCUGGGUUACAGGUCUGGGUUCUCACAGGGGACAAACAAGAAACCGCAAUCAACAUUGCCUACUCCUGCAAACUGCUGGACCACGAGGAAGAGAUCAUCACUCUGAACGCUGAAACACCAGAAGCCUGUGCUGUUCUUCUGGAUGAGAGUAUACACUACAUUCAAUCCAAGUUUGUCAACAACACGCUCAACACUGCUGCUGGAGACUUUGAGGUUGACUUCACCCCGUUCCAAAUCCCUUCCUCCUCCUCCUCGGUUCUCCGCCUGGGUCUGGUUAUUGAUGGCAGAACCUUGGCAUAUGCUCUGGAUAAACGGCUGGAAGACAAAUUCCUUGCUGUGGCCAGAAGCUGCAGAUCAGUGCUGUGCUGUCGAUCCACUCCUUUACAGAAAAGCAUGGUGGUGAAACUGGUUCGGAACAAGCUCAAAGUAAUGACCUUGGCAAUAGGUGAUGGAGCUAAUGAUGUCAGCAUGAUCCAGGUCGCUGAUGUGGGAGUGGGAAUCUCUGGACAGGAAGGCAUGCAGGCUGUCAUGGCCAGUGACUUUGCAGUCCCACGGUUCCAGUAUUUGGAGAAACUCCUCCUGGUUCAUGGACACUGGUGUUACUCUCGACUUGCCAAUAUGAUCCUCUAUUUUUUCUACAAAAAUGCAAUGUUCGUAGCCAUUCUCUUCUGGUUCCAGUUUUACUGUGGGUUCUCGGGAUCGGCCAUGAUGGAUCAGUGGUACCUUAUUUUCUUUAACCUGAUGUUCUCUUCCUUUCCUCAACUCGUUACUGGGAUCCUGGACAAGGACGUCUCCUCGGAGACUCUCUUAGCUCUGCCUGAGCUCUACAGAAACGGGCACGACUCCAAGGAAUAUAAGCCACACAUGUUCUGGAUGAAUAUGAUAGAUGCCUUCUACCAAAGCCUCAUCUGCUUUUUCAUUCCUUAUUUUGCCUAUGCUGACUCCGAUGUGGAUUUGUUUACAUGGGGAACUCCAGUCACCACCUUGGCUCUUUUCACUAUCCUGAUGCAUUUAGGCAUUGAAACAAAGACAUGGACCUGGCUCAACUGGGCCUCCAUUGUGUUCAGCCUCGCCCUGUUCUUCACUGUGGCGCUGUGCUACAACGCUUCCUGCCCUACUUGUUACCCUCCAUCCAAUCCCUACUGGACCAUGCAGAGGCUCAUGGGAGACCCCAUGUUCUACCUGCUUUGUGCUCUCACACCCAUCAUUGCUCUGCUUCCCAGAUACUUACAGCGAGUGUUUCAGGGAACGCUGCUCCCAACCCCGGUCCAACAAGGACGGCAGCUGGAUGAACUUCCAUUGGAUAAACGAAGCAAAAUUCUUCAUCAACGAAGUACAACAGUAGAAUCGCCGUUUGGUCCCGGACCCUCUUUCCACCUGUUUCCAGGGCCUUUCCCAAUGGAUUACAGAGCAGCUGAAUCCCACUCCCGCCAGCUCCGUGAGGCCUCCAGAGACUUCGACCAGCCAGGGAACGGCUCAGCCGCUCAAGCAGAUAGACGGGACAGAGAGAGAGGGGCAAGCCCGAGCAGAAGUGACCCUUCUGGAAAUGCACAGGAUGAGGAUCCGUUUUCAACACCAAAGAGCCAUCGGGCUUCAGAUGCCAACACGCUGCCUUAUUCAGAAGCUCCGCAGGCUGCUGUAGACUCUGAGUCCUCCUUCUGUGAAGACGGCUUCAGACUGGACCCCAUCGGGGACUUCGAUUUACUGAACUGGAUAACAUCCGCUGCAUUGUUUAAUCAGCCUGGGAGUGCAGUGCAGGCAGAGUCCUCGCAAAGCAUGUUGCAAACUGCUGAGAAGAAGGGUGGCAGCCCUUUAGCCACCAGUACACGCCCACACUGGGAUCUGCAGGUUAUACAAAAGCAGCAGCUUGUGACCCCGGUCAGCAGUGAAGUGAAGGCAGCUGUUCCAGACCGUUUAAAAGAGGGAGCUCUCCAAACAACAUUGUUAUAAGAGAAUAUUUUAAUACAGAGUAUUUAUAUGAUUCACUUGGCACAGCAGUUGUACAAUACUAUUCCGUAAUCAACA